GCUACCCCAGAAGUCACCAACAAAUUCCAUUUUUUCCUCUUUGGGUUUUCACUUCAAAUUUUAUGGUCACACUUCACACUUCAAAGUCUUCUUCGAUUGGGAAGAAAUAAAUCAUUGGGUCUUUAAGGAUAAGUAUAUAAAAUAUGAGGGGAGGUGGUGUGUCGGUGGUGGCGGCACUCGCGGUGGCUCUGCUGCAGUUCUUGGCGGCAGUGACGCCGUCGGCCGCCGCCAAUGUGACCUAUGACCACCGUGCGUUGGUCAUUGACGGCAAACGGAGGCUCCUCAUCUCCGGCUCCAUCCACUAUCCACGGAGCACUCCUCAGAUGUGGCCAGACUUGAUCCAGAAAUCCAAAGAUGGAGGCUUGGAUGUUAUUGAGACUUACGUUUUCUGGGACUUGCACGAGCCAGCUAGAAACCAGUAUGACUUUGAAGGAAGGAAGGAUAUUGUUAAAUUUGUGAAGUUGGUUGGAAAAGCUGGUUUAUUUGUUCAUCUUCGUAUCGGGCCGUAUGUUUGUGCUGAAUGGAACUAUGGUGGGUUUCCUCUCUGGUUGCAUUUCAUACCCGGAAUUGAACUUCGAUCUGACAAUGAGCCAUUCAAGGCUGAAAUGCAGCGGUUCACGAAAAAGAUUGUUGAUUUGAUGAAGAAGGAAAAUCUCUAUGCAUCCCAAGGUGGCCCCAUCAUAUUAUCUCAGAUUGAAAAUGAGUAUGGUAAUAUUCAAUCUGACUAUGGACCUCGCGCUAAGCCAUACAUCGAAUGGGCAGCUGCAAUGGCAACCUCUUUGAAUACCGGAGUGCCAUGGGUUAUGUGCCAGCAAGCAGAUGCUCCUGAUCCUAUAAUAAACACUUGCAAUGGGUUCUAUUGCGACCAAUUCACACCCAACUCUAACUCGAAGCCAAAAAUGUGGACAGAGAAUUGGACCGGAUGGUAUCUUUCAUUUGGUGGCCCUUUGCCUUACAGACCUGUGGAAGACAUUGCUUUUGCAGUGGCAAGGUUUUUCCAGCGCGGUGGAACCUUCCAGAACUAUUAUAUGUAUCAUGGAGGAACUAACUUCGGUCGAUCCACGGGCGGGCCCUUCAUUGCAACAAGCUAUGACUACGAUGCGCCCCUAGAUGAGUAUGGCCAAAUAAGUCAGCCAAAAUGGGGUCACUUGAAAGAUCUGCAUAAGGCUAUAAAGCGUUGUGAAGAAGCUAUGCUUGAAAUGGAUCCCACUAUCACUUAUCUCGGUCCGAAUGUGGAGGCUAGCGUUUAUAAAACUGGAUCAGGGCUGUGUUCUGCCUUCUUAGCUAAUCUUGAUAACAAAGCCGAUACCACGGUGACUUUUAAUGGACAUUCUUACCCCUUGCCAGCGUGGUCUGUAAGCAUCCUCCCCGACUGCAAGAAUGUGGCACUUAAUACUGCAAAGAUAAACUCUGUUGCAACAAUCCCAAGAUUCGUCCGCAAGUCUUCUGUUGCGGCCCUAUCUGGUUGGAGUUGGAUCAAAGAGCCGGUGGGCAUUUCAAGUAAUAAAGCCUUCCCAAAGGUCGGAUUACUGGAACAAAUUAAUACCACGGCUGAUAAGAGCGAUUACCUCUGGUAUUCUUUGAGGGGGGAAAUGAAGGCCGAUGAGCCUUUUUUCAAAAACGGAUCUCAAACACUUCUCCAUGUGGAAUCACUUGGACAUGCCCUUCAUGUUUUUAUUAAUGGAAGACUUGCAGGCAGUGGUAAGGGAAGUAGUAACAGCGCUAAAGUUGCAGUAGUUGUUCCAGUCAACCUCGUACCGGGGAAAAAUAACAUUGAUCUUUUGAGCUUGACGGUCGGACUUCAGAAUUAUGGAGGACACUUUGAUUUAUCGGGGGCUGGGAUUACUGGUCCGGUGCAGCUGAAAGAUAAGAAAAGUGGACUGAGUAUUGAUCUUUCCUCGCAGAGGUGGACAUAUCAGGUUGGUCUAAAAGGCGAAGAGUUGGGAUUUUUCAACGGAGAUAAAUUUUCACCGCGCACGUCACAGUCUACUUUGCCCAAAAACCAACCUUUAAUAUGGUACAAGGCAACCUUUGACGCACCCGGCGGGGACACUCCGCUAGCUAUAGAUUUCAGAGGGAUGGGGAAGGGAGAGGCAUGGGUGAAUGGACAAAGCAUUGGCCGGUAUUGGCCAAAGUAUGCUGCUCCAAGUACUGGCUGCACCGACACUUGUGACUACAGAGGAGCGUAUAGCGCCACCAAAUGCCUCAAGAACUGCGGACAACCUUCUCAGAUUUAUUACCAUGUUCCGCGCUCGUGGCUGAGACCAAAGGGAAACGUGGUGGUGUUGUUUGAGGAAGCGGGGGGAGACCCGACAAAGAUAUCGUUUGUGACUAGAGAGGUCGGUGGGGUUGCCGAGGAGAGUUUAGCUGUUGAAGAUUCAUGCUCCUAAGUGAAUAAUGCACAUUUGGCAUGUUUGGUUUGAAUAUGUGAUGUGGUUUUUGAGUUUUUCCUAGGUGCCAAACUCUGUAUUGUGUGAAAACUAAAAGGGAGAAACAUCUGCUUGUUGUUUCCCAUUUAUGAAAUGCUAAUGGAAUUUUCUUUAAAUUCAAAUAAAUCUUUUUUUUGUCU